GGCCCUGGAUGGUGGGCAUGAGGAGAGGCAGGCUGGUGCCUCCUGCUUCUGUGGCCCCCACAUUUCUACCCCGAGCCCCACCUACCUCCCACUCCCAGGCCCUGCGCCUGAGCCUGGAGGGCCGGCCCUGCUGGCGACGGUCCUUAAACUCUGCAGGCCUCGUGAAGCUGGGCAUUCACUGUGUCACGUGCCAGAAGGUGGCCAUCAAAAUCGUCAAUCGGGAGAAGCUCAGCGAGUCUGUGCUGAUGAAGGUGGAGCGGGAGAUCGCCAUCCUGAAGCUCAUCGAACACCCCCACGUCCUCAAGCUGCACGACGUUUAUGAAAACAAAAAAUAUUUAUACCUGGUGCUAGAACAUGUGUCUGGUGGGGAGCUCUUUGACUACCUGGUCAAGAAGGGGAGGCUGACCCCCAAAGAGGCCCGCAAGUUCUUCCGGCAGAUCAUCUCCGCGCUGGAUUUCUGCCACAGCCACUCCAUCUGCCACAGGGAUCUGAAACCAGAAAAUCUCCUGCUGGACGAGAAGAACAACAUCCGGAUCGCGGACUUCGGCAUGGCGUCCCUGCAGGUGGGGGACAGCCUCCUGGAGACCAGCUGCGGGUCCCCCCACUAUGCCUGCCCCGAGGUGAUCCGGGGAGAAAAGUACGACGGGCGCAAGGCGGACGUGUGGAGUUGCGGGGUGAUCCUGUUCGCCUUGCUGGUGGGGGCGCUGCCCUUCGACGAUGACAACCUGCGGCAGCUGCUGGAGAAGGUGAAGCGGGGAGUGUUCCACAUGCCGCACUUCAUCCCGCCGGACUGCCAGAGCCUGCUGCGCGGUAUGAUCGAAGUGGAUGCGGCGCGGCGCCUCACGCUAGAGCACAUUCAGAAACACAUAUGGUAUAUAGGGGGCAAGAACGAGCCUGAGCCAGAGCAGCCCAUCCCCCGAAAGGUGCAGAUCCGCUCCCUGCCCAGCCUGGAGGACAUUGACCCCGAUGUGCUAGACAGCAUGCACUCGCUGGGCUGCUUCCGAGACCGCAACAAGCUGCUGCAGGACCUGCUGUCUGAGGAGGAAAACCAGGAGAAGAUGAUCUAUUUCCUCCUCCUAGACCGGAAAGAAAGGUAUCCCAGCCACGAGGAUGAGGACCUGCCCCCCAGGAACGAAAUAGGUACAAAGUCCCAGGGAAGCCUGGCCCCACACCAGCCCUGCCAGAUGCAGCAGGCUGCCCGGCCUGACCCCUGUCGGCGGCCUGAACGCAAGUCCAUGGAGGUACUCAGUGUGACAGACGGCGGCUCUCCGGUGCCUGCUCGGCGGGCCAUCGAGAUGGCCCAGCACAGCCAGAGGUCCCGAUCCAUCAGCGGCGCUUCCUCAGGCCUCUCCACCAGCCCACUCAGCAGUCCCCGGGUGACCCCUCACCCCUCUCCAAGGGGCAGUCCCCUCCCUACCCCCAAGGGGACGCCAGUGCACACGCCCAAGGAAAGCCCAGCUGGCACACCCAACCCCACACCGCCAUCCAGCCCCAGCGUUGGAGGGGUGCCCUGGAGGACAAGGCUCAACUCCAUCAAGAACAGCUUCCUGGGGUCACCUCGCUUCCACCGCCGGAAACUGCAGGUCCCAACGCCAGAGGAGAUGUCCAACCUGACCCCGGAGUCCUCCCCAGAGCUGGCCAAGAAGUCCUGGUUCGGGAACUUCAUCAGCCUCGAGAAGGAGGAGCAGAUCUUCCUGGUCAUCAAGGACAAGCCCCUGAGCUCCAUCAAAGCCGACAUCGUUCAUGCCUUCCUGUCGAUUCCCAGCCUCAGCCACAGCGUCAUCUCCCAGACCAGCUUUCGGGCCGAGUACAAGGCGACAGGGGGCCCGGCAGUGUUCCAGAAGCCUGUCAAGUUCCAGGUGGAUAUCACCUACAGCGAGGGUGGGGCGGCCCAGAAGGAGAACGGCAUCUACUCUGUCACAUUCACGCUUCUAUCAGGCCCAAGCCGCCGCUUCAAGAGGGUCGUGGAGACCAUUCAGACACAGCUACUGAGCACACACGACCAGCCCUCCACCCAGCACUUGUCAGAACCCUCCCCGCCAGCGCCAGGACUAAGCUGGGGUGCUGGGCUUAAAGGCCAGAAGGUGGCCACCAGCUACGAGAGUAGCCUCUGACGCUGGCAGGAAUUAUCCCGAAAAGUUAACAUGUCACCUCCACGAGGCCGUCCUCUGGGCUCCGCGCCGGACACCGGCCCGCUGAAGGCAGCUG